AUGGAAAAGUACCAGGUUCUGGAGCGGCUGACCCCUGGGGCGCUGGGGGUGAACAUGGUGGUGGAGGAGUCAAGCAGCAAGGAAAAGCUGGUGAUAAAGCAGCAGACCCGUGUGCACCGGGCCCGUGCCGCCUCGGUGAGUGCCCCCCCUGGCAUGCAGGAGCCGUCGGGGCUGCAGAGCGGCCAGCACUGCGUGGACCCCAGGGUCGGCACGCUGAUGCCGCUGCUGAAGCUGCAGCACGCCCACAUCUCCACGUACCGGGAACUCUUCAUUCUCUGGGACCACGAGUGCUGCUCCGUGUACCUGUGCCUGGUGCUGGAACACAGCGAGGGCAGCUUCCAGCAGGUCAUCGAGAGCAAGAGGACGGACAGGGCGGUCAUCGGCGCUGAGUGGCUGCUCAGCGUGCUGGGCCAGGCGAUGGACGCGCUAGAAUACCUGCAUCACCUGGCCGUCAUCCACAGGAACCUCAAGCCCUCCAACAUCGCCCUGGUCAGCCCCGGCCACUGCAGGCUGCAGGAUCUCAGCUCCCACACGCUCAUGAGCGACGAGGCCAAGUGGAAUGUCCGUGCUGAGGAAGACCCCCUCCAGAAGUCCUGGAUGGCCCCCGAGGCCCUCAGCUACAAUUUCAGCACCAAGUCCGACAUCUGGUCCCUGGGCUGCAUCAUCCUGGACAUGCUCAGCUGCUCCUUCCUGGACGCCGCGGAGGCCAUGCAGCUGCGCAAGUCCAUCCGGACGCUCCCGGCCGGCCUGGGCAACGUGCUGAGGGCCGCGGAGCAGAGGCAGGUCCCUGCCGCCAACAUCUUCAGCGCCCUGCUGCCGUCCAUGCUCCAGGCCCACCCCGGCGAGCGGAUGGCCAUCCAGGCUGUGAUCCAGGCCACCUUCAGGAGCAGCAGCCUCAGGGGCCCCGCCGCCCGGACGGUGCAGCGGCCGCAGGACGUGCCCGUGUUCGUUGCCAACAUGCUGCUGGAGAGCAGCGUGGCCAGCAUCAUAGAGGUCAUGAAGAACUUGGCUGACCAGCCCGAGAUCCAGCUCCGGGCCCUGAGGAAGCUCCUGCAGAUAAGCGAGGCUCAGCGAGGUCUGCCGUGGCCCAUGGAGCUGGUGGAGCUGGUGAUCCCCAUCAUGAGGCAGCACGAGCGGCUCCCUGACAUACAGCUGUGCGCCUGCGCCCUGCUGCAGUCCGUCCUGGGCCAAGCACUGGCGCAGGACCCGGCAGCUGAGGUGCCCAGGGACAGCGCCCUGGCCCUGGCCCUGCUGAGUGUCGCGCGGAGUCACCCCAGGGUGGAGCCGCUUCUGGUGUCGGUCUACAGCCUGCUCACCAUCGUCUGCAGAGAGGACUCGGCCUCGGAGGAGCUGCAGGCGGCUGGGGUGUUCGAGCACAUCCUGGGACACCUGGACGGCUUCUCCCAGAACAGGGACAUCUGCGUUAACUGCCUGAGCCUGCUCUGGACCCUUCUGGUGGACGCCGUCAUCACCAACAAGGCGCCCCUGGAGAAGGCCUUGGUCCUCGUCGCCAGGGUGCUGGCCGCCUACCCCAGGGACGUGGAGAUAGCCGAGGCCGGCUGUGCCGUCCUCUGGCUGCUGUCGGCGCACGGCUGCGUGGAGGAGGAGCGGUUUGUCCAGGUGGUGGCGCUGCUGCUGCGCAGCCUGCGGCUGUGCCCCGGGCGGGUCCUGCUGGUGAUCAACGCCUGCCGGGGGCUGGCCAGCCUCGCCAGGGUGUCAGAGCUGGCGGCCUUCCAGGUGGUGCUGCCCGGAGAGGCUGGCAACGGCCUGGCGCUCAUCGUGGAGACCUACCAGGCCCACCGGGACGACCCAGAGGUGGUGGAGAACAUCUGCCUGCUGCUGGCCCGCCUGGCAGCCUACCAGGAGAUCGCGUGGGAGAUGGUGUCCAGCGACAUGGAGCCCCUGAUCCUGGAAAUGAAGGGGCGCUUCUCCUCCAGCUUGACGCUGGUCUCCUAUGCAGAAGAGAUUCUCCUGGCACUGGGCGCGGCCCAGGCCCCCUGCACCGUCAGUGUCGCUGGGCACGAGCCUCUACCGCCACAGACAGGCCUGUCGCCGGCCAGCCGCCCUCCCUGCCCCGACCCCACGCUUGGCCUUCCCUAGUGGGCUGUGGGGAGCGGCGCCCUGGGCCAGCACGCUGGCCGCUCUUCUGGUGCCUGGCGGCCCCUGGCUGGCGUGGGGUGCCCCAUACGCAGCCUCCACCAGCCCUGUGG